GAUUAUGCCAAAAAAAUCAUUGCAUGCCAUCGAUAAGGCUGGUUAGAUUAUAAGAGCCCAUGUUUCCUUAAUUAAAUUCAGGAUAUCACUAAUUGUUGGAAUCAUGGAAAACGAAAGCUCUGAUGAGAAAAAUGUUGUCAAUGGAAUAGUGAAAAAUGAGGAAUCCAGUGGGGACAAUAUGGUCAGCUCUCCUACUGCAGCAGAAGAGCUGAAGAGAGAUACACCUGAUAUUCAGAAAGGUGGUCAAGAGAAACUACAGAGUGAAAAUGAAAGCUCUGACGAGAAAAAUGUUGUCAGUGGGGACAAUAUGGUCAGCUCUCCUACUGCAGCAGCAGAGCUGAAGAGAGAUACACCUGAUAUUCAGAAAGAUGAUCAAAAGGAACUACAGAGUGAAAUGAAAUCUCUAGACAUCAGUGAGGAACAUCUCAGUUUUGAAAAUGUUGAAAGGGGAGAAAGCUCAAAUGAUGAGAUUGUUGAGGCUAGAGGAGAUCCCAAAGGAACCAUUGCUAAUAGUGUCAACAGAGAAGAAAGCUUCAAUGGUCAGAUUGGGGAGAAUAGAGGAUUUGAGUGUGAAGAUCAAGAAGAAACCAACAGUGACAGUGCCAAAAGAGAAAAAAACUCGAAUAGUCAGAUGGUUGAUAUGAAAAGACUGGAUUCUGAAGAUCUGGAAGAAACAAAUCAGCCUGUAGGGGAGGUUUUAGGUGAGGAUGAGGAGGCAGAACCUGUAUUUGAUGGAACAGAGAUUCCUGGGAUGGAAGCCAAUAGCAGUUUAUCUACUCGGUCUUUGGAUCUUGAAACAGAAGUGCAGGGAUAUGGUUGGCCUGACAAAGCUGCUGCACUCACGAACUUUGUUAAAGAAAAGGGUGUUGUUGCUGUUGCCACCAUUCUUCGUCGCCUUUCCGGAAAAAAGGACGAAGAUGGACAAAGCUUUGCUGAUGGUGAAGAGAAGAAUGAUAACUUGAAUAGUAGCACUAGGGAGGAAGGAUGUUCUGCCCCUGAAAGUAAAACAAAAGAUGUCACCCCAAAAACUGUGGAGCGAUCUUUAUGGAAUCCUCUAAACUAUAUUAAGAUAUCUCGGGAUGCAGAUGUGGAAAACAAAACAGGGGAGGGACAGGAUCAGCAUGUUCAUAUAAGAAAACCAAUUCUACCGCUAGCAAUGAGGGGAAGAGUUUUAUUGUAUACAAGGCUUGGCUGUCAGGAAUCUAGACAGAUUAGAUUAUUUUUGCAGCGAAACAGGAUGAGAUAUGUUGAGAUUAACAUUGAUGUCUACCCCAGUCGAAAGCUUGAGCUGGAGAGGAUUGCUGGGUCUGCGGCUGUUCCUAAGGUGUUCUUCAAUGAAAAUCUUAUUGGAGGUUUGAGUGAGCUUUUGGUCAUGGAAGAGUCGGGUAAACUUGGUGAAAAUAUCAAUGAACUGAUCACCAAAGAACCAUCACAUUUGGCUCCUUUACCACCUCUUUCUGGAGAGGAUGAUGUCUCCAGCUCUGGAAUGGUAGAUGAAUAUGCUGUCAUUGUUCGGAAAAUGAAGGAGUUUAUUGUGUUUAGGGACAGGUUUUAUAAGAUGCGCAGGGUCACCAAUUGUUUUCUCGGGUCUGAAGCUGUGGAUUUCUUAUCAGAGGAUCAGUACUUGGAAAGGGAAGAGGCUAUUGAAUUUGGACGAAAGCUUGCAAGUAAAUAUUUCUUUCAGCAUGUUCUUGAAGAGAAUAUUUUUGAAGAUGGUAAUCACUUGUAUCGGCUCCUGGAUCAUGAUCCCGUUGUAUCUCAAUGCCACAACAUUCCAAGGGGCAUUAUUAUUAUUAAACCCAAGCCAAUAAUAGAAAUUGCAUCAAGGUUGCGAUUCUUGUCCUUUGCAAUCUUUGAAGCUUACACUUCUGAAGAUGGAAAGCAUGUUGAUUACAGAAGUAUCCAUGGGAGCGAGGAGUUUGCAAGGUACUUGAGAACAGUUGAGGAACUUCAGAGGGUGGAGUUGCAGGAUAUGUCGAGGGAGGAGAAGAUUGCUUUCUUCAUAAAUCUCUACAAUAUGAUGGCCAUUCACGCAAUCUUGGUAUGGGGUUAUCCUGUUGGACCACUGGAACGAAGAAGGUUGCUUGGGGACUUUAAGUAUGUUAUUGGUGGAUGUACCUACUCACUUUCCGCCAUCUACAAUGGCAUCUUAAGGGCAAACCAACGACCCCCAUACAAUCUCAUUAAACCCUUUGAUGUGAAAGACAAGCGUUUGAAGGUAGCUCUUCCCUAUCCGGAACCUCUUGUUCAUUUUGCACUAGUAUUUGGUACCCGAUCUGGGCCAGCUCUUCGAUGCUACUCGCCUGGGGAUAUUGAUAAGGAGCUGAUGGAGGCAGCCCGCAAUUUUUUAAGGAAUGGAGGUCUCAUUGUUGAUGCUGAAGCCAAGGUGGUAUCAGCCAGUAAAAUACUUAGAUGGUACCCUGGGGAUUUUGGGAAGAAUGAAGUGGAAGUGUUGAAGCAUGCAGCAAAUUACUUGGAGCCGGCAAAGUCAGAAGAGUUACUUGAGUUGCUUGCAACCACUCAAUUGAAAGUCACAUAUCAACCCUUUGACUGGAGCUUGAAUUAUUAGCAUUUCUUUCACUAACUGCUUUAGCUUAUUGAAAAGCCCAAAAUGAGAAAGUUUCAUAUUGUUAUUAUGGUUAGCUUUUUUAUUCUCCAUGUUCAUCAAAUUACCGUCAGUUUUGGUCACUGUGGAAGAGGAGGCUGUAGUAGCAAAGUUUAAUGCCCUUUUUUUUCGAGUGGGCAACAUUAUAAUGUUCAGUAAUCCUCCAUCAAAGAGAACUUAAUCUACCAGUUUA